GAUCACAGAGAAGUUAACCACGAGCGAUGUUUAGGGGAAAUUUUUUUCACUAUACCAUCCCGUCAUAAGACACGAGAAAAGAGCGACUUGUGUCUCAAGACUUGAAAAUGCAAACCUAACUGUUUCUCUGAACGAAUUGGAACAUUGGAAAUGCUGUAAGAAUUUUUGUGAAUAACAAAGUUGGAGAACAUCAAGUACUGGAUGAGUUAAAAAUGCGACAUUGGUAAAUGCAAGAUUUGCAUGGUAGAAUAUUCUUGUAAAAAAAGAUGAACGAGGACUUGUUUACUCAACCGGGUGUCAUCGCCGAAGUUAAUGAGGAAGGCGGUUAUGGAUUCAUCAAGCAUGGGCGCACAUUCGUGUUGUUCUCGAUAAGUGAUGUCGAGCAAGGUAAUCCAGAGAUUGGAAGCGAGGUGGAAUAUGUUCCCAAUGAAGGAGGCGAGAGUGCAAAAAAGGUCAUAUUGCUUAAGGAAUUGUUUGGGGAUCCAAAGUGCGAGGAAAGUGAUUCAGUACCGUUUGCGUCUGAUAAAAGAUGCCAAACAACUGCUUUUCUUACAAGAAGACCACAACAUGAAUCAGUUUCUAACAUUUACUCUGAACCACAACGUUUUGCGCUUAGUGAAAUUUAUCGAAAGAAUGCAGAAUUCGACCAUAAGGAUAUCUCUGGUCUUAAAGAUCCUUUUAACAUGAAACAGGAGACAUAUAAUGUUCGAGAGAGGAUAACAAAUCUGUCAUCUGUUCCGAGCAAUGUAAAACGAACUCGAACAUACCAAGAAAUUCGACAAGAAGAAGAAGAAAAAGACCUCUCUGACCUUAAAGAACCAUUUGACAUGAUACAGAAGACAUAUCCUGUUCGGAAGAGGAUAACAAAUCUCUCAUCAGUUCCUAGCAAUGUGGAACGAACUCCAACAUACCAAGAGGUUCAACAACAACAACGACAGCGACAACAACAAUAUGAAACACAAGAAGAGGACUCUCCAGAUUACCAUACAAAAAAGGCACAACAAGAACAAAGACUAGUAAGACCACAGCAACAACAACGACAACACCAACAACAGCAACAAAAACAGCAGCAACAUCAACAGCAACAUCAACAACAUGAAACUGAAAAGGACGCCCAGGAGCACCAUCUCAAAAAACAACAACAACUAGAUCAAAGCACCACCAAACGACUCAGUAAUCACGGAAGGGUUGUUAAUGUCUUGACAGAGAAAAAAUUUGGGUUUAUCAAACAGCAUAGUGAUGGCCCUGAAUGUCCAGUACAGGAUAUUUUCUUCCAUUUUGAUAGAGUACAAUCAAAUUUUCUUCCGCUCAAAAAGGGUGAUCAAGUCGAAUUUAACUUGAGUAAGCAGAAGAUCACAACUGCAUCGAAGCACAAGAACAUCUCUGCUGCAAUGGUUAUGGUCCUUGAGACUGAGAAAAGGUCAUUAGAUGAAAUUAACGAGUACCUUAACAUCGUUGAAGAAAAAAUCGAAAUAAAGGAUGCCGCGGAAAAAGUUGAUCAAGGUAGCAUCAGUUUGCUAUUGAUGUCUACAAAUGUUUGGAAGAAGGUGACAGACAUCAUUUGCGGAUUUACAAACGACAAUGAUGUUCUUUUGAGAUUCUUAAAUAUCCUUGUUUACCUUGAACAGUCCAUUAAAACAUUAGAUGAAAGAUAUCGACAAGUCUUAAAAGCUGUUGGAACUGCAAAACUUUUGAACCCUCUUCGGGGUCGCAUGAAAACGUUAAUAUGCGAUACACGCAGAGAUGCAGACAUUAAAUCCAUUCAAAACUUCCUGCUGUUGCUUGCAAAGCUGGUGCCCGAGAAACUGCAAGCUGUUGUUGCUUUAAUUAAACCAAUGACAAAUAGCACACCGGACGAACAUACUGUUCUCUUUAUGUAUAAGCUGCUAAAGAUAUCUACUAAAUCUUAUGCUGAGAAUGUAUCUGAUAUGACUUGGGACGACUUGCCUUUAAUAUUAACGAAUCAAGAAAUGUUUUCAACAGACCUAGACGAUCGUUUUGACUUGAAACCAGUGCAAACAACCGGGGCAUACGCAGGUCCGGAUGAAUAUAUGGAUACCUACUUUAGACUUCUAAGGGCAGAUUGUUUUGAUGCUUUGAAAAUAGGCAUUCAGAAAUUGAUAAAGGGUGAUCUGGAUAUGAGAGACAUGAAUGUUUACAUCAAUGUCACACUGAUAGGGAUAAAGGUUUCCAAUCAAUGCGUUUAUAUGGCGUUGAAGGUAACAUCGUGUAGACAAGUGAAAAAUUGGGACACCUGUUCUAACUUGAUGUAUGGUAAUUUGCUGUGCAUUUCAAUUGGUGGCAGUUUCAGACAGCCUAUUUGGGUGACAGUUGUAGACAGAGGGUUGCUUAAAAAUAACAACGUUGUUUUAGUUCAACCCUGCUUGGAAAUCAAUGAAGAAGGCGAUGCUGAUGUGCUUUUAAAUUUAAUGUCAGCCUCUAGUCCAAUCGUGAUGGUCGAAUCUCCUACCUACUACAGAGCCUACCAACCUGUUUUAAAGUCAUUGCAGUCCAUGCCGUCAGGUGAAAUCAGUUUUCAGCAGGAAUUGGUUUAUUUGGACAAGGAUUUAAAUACUGAUUUAUUCGAUUUAACAGCCACAUUUGAUAGUACUAUUGUUUACAACAAAGAUGUCGGUAAGAUACAGAUAGGUUCGUUCUUGAAAACUCCAUAUCAUCCCGAGCAUAGUAUAUUUGAUGAAAGCCAGGAAAAAGCCGUUAAAACUGCUUUGAAGAGUAGAAUAGGGAUUAUUCAGGGACCGCCUGGGUGUGGAAAGUCAUUUAUCGGUGUCAAAAUGCUCAAUUUGUUGUUAUCACUAUCUUCUUUAUCCUCGCCGAAGGUUCUGGUCCUGACAUACAAAAAUCAUGCUUUAGACGAAUUUUUAAAGCAAGCAGUUACUCAUUAUCCAAAAGAAGUUGUCCGUAUUGGUGGGCGAAGCCGAGAUCCUGACCUUGACAAGAUAUCACUGCAAAAUAUACGAAGAGCGGUCAGAAAAGGUCCAGAGUUAUUUAAUUUAAUUAAAGCACUCAAUAAAGAGGUAGAUGUUUUAAGAGAACAUAUUGAAAACCGGUUUGACAAGUUUAACGAGCUAAAAAAUGUUCCAUUCGAGGCAGUAUUGGAGUACUUGACGCUAGAACAGAGAAAUAAUUUGAUAAUUCGCAAUGAUUGGAGUAGAUCCGAUGUCAAGUCGUUUGGAAUUACUAAAGUGGACGAGAAUGGUUUUCAAGAAGUCACAAGUAAAAGGAAAAAUCGAAUAACCAAAGAAGAAGUAGAAUUAAUAAUGAACAUUGCUUCUGAAGAAAAUCCACAGUAUUUAAUUUUAUUGAAAGCUGCUUUUAAAGCUUGGCUACCUAAUGAUAACUUUUUUGCAGCAAUAGAAUCGCAACUAUCUGACCGAGGUAGCGUUGCUGUGAAUGUACAAAAGUUGAAGGAUUUAUCAAAGGGAAAAGAGAAAGGGAAAGGUUCAGAGGUGAAACAUGGAUUGGAUCAAGUUCUUGAUGUGGAUGAGAUUCAAAAAGAAAGAUUGGCAGCUGUAUCAACAACUGAAAAUGUGUUGAAAGGAGAUUACAAAAAAGAAAUGAAGUUGGUGAAUUAUGAAGACAAAAAGAGUGAAGAUGGGUACGUGAAAUCCUUUUCUAAUGCUGCGUUGAAGAAUUUAUCUCAAAAUAAUUAUGGAUUGUUUUUGAACAUCGAAGAUUUAUGGGACUUGAAUGAAAAUGACAGGGUAAACUUAGUGCAAUAUUUCAUAUCGCAGGAAAAGAACAAUGUUGCUACUCAAUUUGAGCAAGCAAUGCAAGCCUUUGAAAAUAAAUGCAAAGAGAAAAAUGAAAUUGAGAACCAACACACAUCACUUGUUUUAAGAAAUAAGAAGGUGAUUGGUAUGACUAUUACAGGCGCAGCAAUUCAUCAACAGUUGCUAAAGGAAAUUCAACCAGAGAUUGUAAUUGUGGAAGAAGCAGCUGAAGUUCUCGAGCCGCAACUUGUAGCUUCAAUUGGUACAUGGACGAAAUACAUGCUCCUUAUUGGAGAUCACCAGCAGCUCCGACCGCCAGUGGAAAGCUAUCAUUUACGCAAGAAUUAUAACUUCGACAUUUCAAUGAUGGAGAGGUUAAUCAAGAAUGGGAUGCCUUUUGAAGUCCUGGAAAUGCAAAAUAGGCAGCGACCAGAGUUUGCGGAAUUGCUGAAAGAUAUAUAUCCGGAUUUAAAAACUAACUUGAAAAGAGUUUCAAAAAACGAGCCAGCGAAUUGUUUGUUGAAGUCGCAUUUUUUCUGGCAUCACACUUCGGCAGAGAUAGCUGAUAGGAGCUAUACGAAUGUAGAAGAUGCAAACAGAGCCGUGAAACUUGCUUUAUUUUUGACCCAGCAAGGAUGUGAUCCUGAAAGAAUCACCAUAUUGGCUGCGUAUCAAGGGCAAACGUUUCUGAUCAGAAAAACGUUGAAAGAAAUGGAAGCUAAAUACAAAGAGGUUUUACCAGCUUCAAUGAAAAGCGUGACUAAGGAAACCAAGGAGAAAGAUGGCGAGGAGACGGCAAAAAGUUCCAUUAAAGUCCACACGGUGGACAUGUAUCAAGGCGAUGAGAAUGAUUUUGUUAUCGUUUCUUUGGUGAGAUCUAACAGUGAAAAUAAAGUUGGGUUUUUGAAACAGUUAAAUCGUCGCUGCGUGUUGCAAUCGCGUGCGAAAUGUGGUGUUUAUUUUAUUGGUAACGCCGAUAUGUUUCUGAAUCAUGCCGAAUGGCAACCGAUGAUGCAAAAAUUAAAAGCAAGUCAGGGGAUUGGUGAUAAAUUGGAGGUGGUUUGUCCGCAACCUCAACAUAAACAAAGGAAGUAUUUCGUGAACAAUGCCGAUGAUAUAGGUCUGGAAAGUUUUUGCAAACAGGAUUGUGUUCACGAAAUGAGUUGUGGUAUUCAUCGUUGCGAAAAGCGAUGCCAACCUCCACACUCACAUAAACCUUGUGGUAAAAUAAUCGCCUUUGAACAUCUUAUGUGUGGACAUAAGGAUACUAGGCUUUGUGAGGAAGAUCAAUACGCUAAGUUGUGUAAAAGCGAAAUGCCGUUCACUUUCCCAAAAUGUGGGCAUCGAGGAAAGAAAAAAUGUUGCGAUGACAUAUCUGCGAUAAUCUGCGAUUAUGAAGAAUCCGUGAAGUUACCUUGUGGACAUACAAAGAAAAAGAAGUGCUUUAAAGAUGUAAACAAUGUUAAGUGCAAUGAAAAGUGCAACCGAGUAAUGCCCUGCAAACAUCCAUGCAACCAUCAAUGUUAUGAACAUGACGCGAUAAAAUUUUGCGAGAUAUGCAAGAAAAUUAAAGAGGCUGAAGCGGCAGCCCAAAGAAAGGCAGAAGAGUUAAUUCGCCGUCGAAAUAUGGAAAAUGUGAGAAAGGAAAUGGAGAAAAUAAGUAGUCUAGAACAAGUUCAGUUUGAAAUAAAAGAAAUCCUUCCACAAGGAGAAACAGCAUCAGAGUAUCUUGAUAUUGAGGACCACGUAAAGAAAUAUGUCCAAGUCGACCAUCGUUGGUAUCCAACCGUGACUAAGAUUGAGAAAGUGAUUAAUUUAAAUUUGAAACUUAAAUGGUUAGACGCUAAAUCAAAGAUGUUUGACAUUGAAAUGAAAAGUAAGUUGAAGUUUCAUGGUACCAGCGUGGAAGGGGUGAAUGGCAUUACAGAGAAUGGCUUUCUGUUACCAACGCCAAAAGAUGGUCAACGACCGCCAAUGUAUGGCUAUGGUGUCUAUUUUGCAAGUGAUUCACAGGAGAUGUAUACAAAAGGAUCAAACAUGCUGUUGCUUUGUGACGUUUUACUUGGUAAGCAGUUUACAGUAAAAGCAGCAUGCCCCAAGAUGGAUAACGCCUUCUUGAAUGAGAAAAAAUGCGACUCCCUCUUCGCUCAAAGAGAUACUGCUGGUGGAGGUGGUGUAAAGUUUGACGAGUUUGUUGUUUUUAAUCCUGAUCAAGCUUACCCGAAGUACAUUAUUCACUAUCAAAAGACUGGAUUUCAAGCAGCCAACCCAUUCAAAUAUUAUCAAUUCCAAGGAACAUUCCAACUUGCCAAAAAGGAUAUUGCCAUACAGCGCGGAGUAAAUUUAGGCAGUGCUUUGGAAGUUCACCUAAGAAUUGCAGAAUCUCAAUUCUAUCGCCUGCUCAAUAACAUGGGUGUGUGCGGUGCUGGUCAUAAGAUAUCUAAAGUCGAAUACUAUAUGAACGAUCAGUUAAAGAAAAACUUCGAUGGUAAACACGAGGAGUUUAAAACAAUGUAUGGCAAUCAAAACCAAGAAGCUGAAAUAAUAUUCGGCUUUCAUGGCACAAAGCAGAGGGAAAUUGUGGAAGAUAUUAUGAACAAUAAUUUCAUCCCCAGUCGAAGAGGCAAGUUUGGCGCUGGUGUUUAUUUUUCAGAGAUGCCAGCUUACACAUUUGGAUAUGGAGGUCAGAAGUUUUUGAUACUGGCACAGAUUCUGCCAGGUAAAAUUAGACCAUGUCCGUUUCCUGGUAUGCAAACUAGCGGUGGUUUAUCCCCUGGUUUUGACUCUCAUGGUGGAUUGCCGUUAAAUGACGGAAGUGGAAGAUACAAUGAAAUUGUAAUUUUCGAUAAGCGUCAAAUUUUGCCGACAUAUGUGAUUCAUUUAAAUUAAGAAGCUGCACACAUUAAAAUUUGCAGGGCGUAUCGUAUGGCAAACACAUCGAUAAAUCUUGUUGGUAGCUAGAUAAACUCGCUGUGCAUGGUCGAAAUGAAACUCGACACAAAGAAAGUAGUAUGCGAAAAGAUAAAUCGUUCAAUACACGCGCAGUGGAACUUUUUUAUAAAUGCGCAAAAUUAAUACACAUAAAAUGACAGUCAAACAAACUUUAGCAUAUUUUUUAUGACCUAAAUUUUGUGUUUACUUCUUGUGCAAAAACUGUUGCACCUUAGUGGUAUACUUAGAGGUUAAAACUAUGUAUGUAUAUGUAUUUCGUUUCUUUUAAGUAACGAAUUUGAUUUUGCACGCUUUUUAAUUUUUGCCAGCUUUUUCCUGCAGUAUUUAACCUUUUCAAAACGACUUUCGUAGCUCAAAUAGGAGCUUUAAAUGCACUAGGAUCCCCUUUCGCACAACCCUCCUUGAUAUCAAUACCAAUAGGAUCUAAAGAGGCUAUCCUGGGUAAAAAAUUUCUAUAAUUAAUAAUAGAAACAGCUAUUUUACACAUAAGAAAAAAUAUCCUACAGCAAUUCUGGGUUGUUCCUAUUUUCACAUCUUUAGCGACAUCCACCAUAUUGAAUCUUUUGUUUAGGGUCAAGAAUAAAUGCUUUCAAUUUAGUAAACAGACAAAAACAACUUUAAAAUUGGCUAUUUUAACAUUGUGGAAGAUUUGGUUUGCUUAGGUGAAGUGGUUGCCAAGAUAUUGAGAGCAUGUUGUUUUAACCCACCCCUGAAUAUAAAGGUGUAGCUACAAAAGGCCCUGCAUAAUAUAGCUUUAAUAUAUUAGACAUCAAUCCAUCA